UCCAAGUGAGCAACAUGAGCCACGUCCUUCAGUCCUACACCGAGCAGGAGGAUCGGUUUAACGGCCGCUCGCGUCACGCCCCGCACAAGGGCUCCCACAGCACGCGCAACGUGAGAAGCCUACUACGACUUCAUUCAGCUUUGCCACGCCCUUAAACGUAAACAAAUGGGGGCUUGACCAAUGAGAUCCACGAAAGAUCAGCCGAUGAUCAGAUGACUAGGAAGGGGGAAACUAUUUAAAACUCUAAUGAGACACUUGAUGCAAGUUUCUACAUUGCUGUGACUGCGCUUCCACCGGCGCGCACAUCGGCUCCGACGCGCUCUUUCAUUUUGGGUCCUCCUUCCUUACACGCGCUAAUACCGGCUCCACUGAAAGGCCAUUCAUAUCCCCCGGACGCUUUUAAUUCCUCCACACGCGUCUGUAACUGCGAGAUGAGUCACAAAGCCCUUUUGCUGUGGAUUUUCCUACAGUGUGCCGCGUCGCUCUUUACCUCUGCCGCCGGGGACAACACCGUUCUUAAAGGUGCAGACAGUGGAUUGGAUGAACUGCCAACAGAAGGCCGGGUUCUCCCUGGCAGCGUCAAGUACAACAUGAGGACGAGUUUAGAUCUGGACCAGGAGGGCUGCUACCUGCAGGCUGGCAAGAAGGAAUGUCUGGAGGAGUGUGGCUUCAACGCCACAGCCAAGACCAUCUUCAUCAUCCACGGCUGGACGAUGAGUGGGAUGUUCGAAAGCUGGAUGAGCAAGCUGGUCUCGGCCUUGAUGCAGCGCGAAAGAGACGCCAACGUGGUGGUUGUCGAUUGGAUAGCGUUGGCCCAACAGUUGUACCCAGACGCAGUCAACCACACUCACGACGUCGGCCUCGACAUCGCCGGCAUGCUCAACUGGCUUCAGGACGAGCAGCAGCUGCCUCUGGACAAAGUGCACCUGAUCGGCUACAGUUUAGGUGCCCACGUCGCAGGCUACGCCGGAAUGUUUGUGCGAGGGAACAUCGGCAGAAUCACUGGUCUAGACCCAGCAGGACCAAUGUUCGAGGGUGUAGAAGAACGGAAGCGCCUCUCCCCCGAUGACGCCGACUUUGUGGACGUUCUGCACACGUACACCCGCGAGGCUUUGGGCGUGAGCAUCGGCAUCCAGCAGCCGAUCGGGGACAUCGACAUCUACCCCAACGGUGGUGACGUGCAGCCAGGCUGCGCGCUGGGAGAUGUGCUCGCAGUGGCUGGAAAUUUCAUGGAGGUGAUGAAGUGCGAGCAUGAGCGUGCCGUGCACCUAUUCGUAGACUCUUUGAUGACCAAGGACCACAUGAGCUUUGCCUACCAGUGCACCGGCCCCGAGCGCUUCAAGAAGGGCAUCUGCCUCAGCUGCCGCAAGAACCGCUGCAACAACAUUGGCUACAACACCCGCAAGAUGCGCAAGAGGCGCAACACGAAAAUGUAUCUGAAGACGCGUGCAGACAUGCCCUUCGGAGGCUACCACUACCAGAUGAAGAUGCAUGUGUUCAACCGAAAACAGGCUGACAACGCAGAUCCAACCUUCCACGUCCAGUUGUACGGAGCCCACAACGAUACAGAAAAGAUGUCUGUAGAUGUCCCUUAUAAUGCCAUCGGCCUGAACCUGACAAACACCUUCUUGGUGUUCACGGAGAAGGACAUUGGCGACCUGCUAAAGAUCCGUCUGAGCUGGGAAGGAGAUUCUGAAACUUGGAACUCCGUGUGGAAGAACCUCAAGAAGGGUUGGUGGGCCUGGAACACCAAGCCCUCCAAACCGGUGCUGGCAGUCCGGCGGAUUCGCGUGAAGGCUGGGGAAACGCAGAAGAAGUUUACUUUUUGUGCCCAAGAUCCGGCAACGAUUGAAAUUUCCCCAGGGGACUCCAUAACGUUUGUGAAGUGUCGCGAUGGCUGGGAAGUGAAGCCAAGAAAACGGCUGCCAAUGUAACAACUUCCAAUGCACCAUCCCCACGGGGACCCAACAAGGAUCGCGGCAAGGCAUCGCCCUCUCUAUGAGCACUUUGUUUUCUUAGGAGAACGAUCGAACAGCACACGGUGAUGGAGGGGUUAGGGGCUCGAUUGGACUCAACGGCACAUGGAAGGUUUACAAUUUCUAAGGACGACAACGACUCGUCCGGAAGGAAAUACAACGCGUAGGAUGCAAAGUGAGGGGCUGUCUCCAAAUCUGUCAAGGGGGCCUGAGGACUUUGUUCCUUGUGUGGACUAUUGACGUAGAAUACUGAUGUGUGUCGGUGGACACCAGCAAUGUAGGCACUGUACAUUUUUAAAAAAUUUUAAUUUAUGAGGAAAAUGGAAGCACUGCAAGACCAACGUUAUUUAUCCAAGCACAUCUCGUAAUGAAGCAUAUGUUGCAUGCAUUUCUCCUAGAUGCAGUAUUUUUGUGUGUAUUGAGUGUCUGUGUUGUGAGUGUUUGUCUGUGACCAAGAAGUGUGCCUUCCUGCUAAGAGAUUACUGAUGCACUGUAUAACUGACAGACACACACUUGAUCUCUCUUGCACACAACCUUAUCUGAAGUUUUGCGUAGUGUUAAUAUUGCUGUGUCUUUUGGGGAUGGGGAGGGGUGUACAUAAUGUAAAUAACUUUGUUUUUGAAAAAUAAACUGAUUUGUAAGUAA